AUGACUCAGGCUCGGUGGGAUGGCUUGACAGGGCGUAUCACCUUCAAUAAAACCAACGGCUUGAGGAAGGAUUUUGAUCUGGACAUUAUUAGUCUCAAAGAGGAAGGAACUGAAAAGGCUGCUGGCGAAGUGUCUAAACACUUGUAUAAAGUGUGGAAGAAGAUUGGGAUUUGGAAUUCCAACAGUGGGCUUAACAUGACGGACGGCAACAAAGACAGGUCCAACAAUAUCACCGACUCACUGGCCAACCGGACACUCAUUGUCACCACCAUUCUGGAAGAGCCCUAUGUGAUGUACAAGAAAUCUGAUAAGACCCUAUAUGGAAAUGACAGAUUUGAAGGGUAUUGUCUGGAUCUGUUGAAAGAAUUGUCAAACAUCCUAGGUUUCAUUUACGAUGUUAAACUAGUCCCUGAUGGCAAAUAUGGAGCACAGAAUGACAAAGGAGAAUGGAACGGGAUGGUUAAAGAACUCAUAGAUCACAGGGCAGACCUGGCAGUGGCUCCUCUUACCAUCACCUAUGUGCGGGAGAAAGUCAUUGACUUCUCCAAGCCCUUCAUGACCCUUGGCAUCAGCAUUCUCUACCGAAAACCCAAUGGUACCAAUCCAGGUGUCUUCUCCUUCCUCAACCCCCUGUCUCCAGAUAUUUGGAUGUAUGUGCUCUUAGCCUGCUUGGGAGUCAGUUGUGUACUCUUUGUGAUCGCAAGGUUUACACCCUACGAGUGGUAUAACCCCCACCCAUGCAACCCUGACUCAGACGUGGUGGAAAACAAUUUUACUUUACUAAAUAGUUUCUGGUUUGGAGUUGGAGCUCUCAUGCAGCAAGGAUCAGAGCUGAUGCCCAAAGCUCUAUCGACCAGAAUAGUUGGAGGGAUAUGGUGGUUUUUCACCCUAAUCAUCAUUUCAUCCUACACUGCCAAUCUGGCUGCCUUCUUGACAGUAGAGAGAAUGGAAUCCCCCAUAGAUUCGGCAGAUGAUCUGGCAAAGCAAACAAAGAUAGAAUAUGGGGCGGUCAGAGAUGGAUCAACAAUGACCUUCUUCAAGAAAUCAAAGAUAUCCACCUAUGAGAAGAUGUGGGCUUUCAUGAGCAGCAGGCAGCUGACCGCCCUGGUAAAAAAUAGUGAUGAGGGCAUCCAACGAGUGCUCACCACUGACUACGCCCUGCUGAUGGAGUCCACCAACAUUGAAUAUGUGACACAGAGAAACUGCAACCUCACUCAGAUCGGGGGCCUCAUUGACUCCAAAGGUUAUGGAGUAGGAACGCCUAUUGGCUCUCCUUAUCGGGAUAAAAUUACAAUUGCAAUUCUUCAACUCCAAGAAGAAGGGAAGCUGCAUAUGAUGAAAGAGAAGUGGUGGCGUGGGAAUGGCUGUCCCGAGGAAGACAACAAAGAGGCCAGUGCUCUAGGAGUGGAAAAUAUUGGGGGCAUCUUCAUUGUUCUAGCUGCCGGGCUGGUCCUUUCUGUAUUUGUAGCUAUUGGAGAAUUCAUAUACAAAUCACGGAAGAACAAUGAUAUUGAACAGAAAGGAAAGUCAUCAAGAAUUAGAUUUUAUUUUAGGAACAAAGUAAGGUUUCAUGGGAGAAAAAAACAAAGCCUUGGUGUAGAGAAGUGUCUCUCUUUCAAUGCCAUCAUGGAAGAACUGGGAAUCUCACUCAAGAAUCAGAAAAAAAUAAAGAAAAAGUCAAGAACUAAGGGGAAAUCUUCCUUCACAAGUAUCCUUACUUGUCACCAGAGACGAACUCAGAGGAAAGAGACUGUGGCGUGAUCCAAGAAAACACCUGUAGGAAGAAAAAGAAUACGUUCACUACAGAUUUUUGGAGAAAGGAUUUUAAUGAGUGUAUGAUGUGUUUCCAUAUAUCUAUAUUCAUAAUUCUGAUUAUGUAUACAGAUAUAAGAAAUACAAAAGUUUUAAAAGUUCACAUAGAUAUGACUUGGGAAGUGACACCAGUUAUUUUGAAAUGAAUUUGUAUGCUCACUUAUUUUGCAUUUUCUCUUUCAUCCCAAUAAAUUGCUGUGUGUGCUUUCUAAAUAAUAAAACAACAGGGUCUUUUUCCAGUA